AUGUCCCGUACUACCAAAACCCGUUCGACACGUCGGUAUUGCUCUCCUUCUCCCUCUCCAUUGCGAGACUCGGAUCGACACUACUUUUCAUCCCCAUCGCCAAUGAUAUCUCUUUCUCCAGUUAGAUAUAAAUACACGUAUGUCGAUACCACUUCUCAUCGCCCUGGGUAUGAGGCUGGGAAGGUUGGAAAAGGAGGGAAAGGGGAGGAUUAUUAUAUUUCCAGUUCAUCUCCAUCUCCAUCUUCAUCUUCCUCCCCUUCUCCGCCACUUCUUCGCAGAACUCGCUCUGUAUCGAUACUACGAACUGGACCUAGACCUAUAAAUGUUCAAGGAUAUGAUCGAGGAUAUCGGGAUGGGGAUGAGGAUAUCAAAGCGCCAAAAAGAGAACUGAAAACAUCGAUUUCUUACAUCAGUCCCAGAAGUCUGAGUUCAAAGAUUCAAUAUUCAUACAGAGAGGAUGUUCCAUAUGUAAUAUAUCGAACUUCGAAUUCUGGAAGUGGGGAAGAUUGGUAUGAUGAUGCUAGGGGUCGGGUUAGGAGUGGGAGUAGGAGUAGGGAUGAGAGAAUGAAAGGGAGAAACAUCGAUCUCAAUACUCAACACAACAGCAAAAGAGAAGCCAACGUUAGAGUUUCUGUGGAAAGGGAAAGAGAAACGAAAUAUCAAGACUGGGUGGGAGAUCUCAGAAUUUCAGGAGUCGAAAUCGGAACCGAAGUCCGAGAAGAUCCAGAUCUCGAUCCAGAUCCAAAUCCAAACCAAGAGAAGAAGAAAGAGAGAACGCUAAAGAGAGGACUCGAUAUAUAA